AUGUCUUUUAGACUUCGUCUAUUUGAAAACGCCGAAGAUUCUCCGGUGCAGACAACUUCCGGUGAAGCCUGGGACGAGAUAGAGGCUGUGAUAACGCCCUACGGAAAGUUCCACCAAUCAGUUGAUUCUGGGGCAGACUUGUCGAUAAAGAUUCCACCACGGAAGUCAAGUGAGCACCAAACACUAGACGCUAGAAGAAGUCUGUUUUCUGGUAAACGUCCAGCAGACGAUAAUCUUGAGGUAGAAUCUCCCGCCACGAAGAAACUGAGAGACAUUUCUGUACUUCCGGAUUCCAAUGAUAUCAUUGAAGCUGUCGAACGUUUAGAAUCGCUUGAACUCGUAGCUGACGGAACUCGUUGCUACACCUUACCCACAAUUCCUGGCAAACACAGCGACCUCAUGUCCAUCUCUCCAGAAACAAUGGCGGAUAUCGUGGAGGGGCGGUAUAAAAAGCUUGGGGAAGUAACCAUUGUCGACUGUAGGUACCCGUACGAAUUCGAGGGAGGUCACAUCCGGGGUGCUGUAAACCUGUACACCAAAGACGCCGUCAACACGCUUCUCCAGGAGACGUCGACGUCAGAGAAACCACGUGUGCUGAUCUUCCAUUGUGAAUUCUCGUCCGAGAGAGGGCCCAAAAUGUAUCGUUUCUUGAGAAGCCAGGAUCGUGAGCUGAACAAACACAGAUAUCCAAAUCUCAACUACCCAGAGAUUUACUUGCUUGAUAGGGGAUACAAGGCGUUCUUUACUGCACACAAGGAUUUGUGUGAUCCAAUCAGCUACAAGCCAAUGUUACACGAGGACCAUGCUGCCGACCUACGUCACUUCCGGGUCAAGUCGAAAUCAUGGACCGCCGGUGAGAAACAGAAGACAAGCAGACGACAAAGAAGCAGACUUGCUUGCUUAAAUAUUGACUUCUAAACAGUGUGCUUUUGUGUUGGAAAGUGCUAAAGAGUGCUCAUGUAGAAAUGUGCUAAAUAAUUUUUGUUAACUGCAUUUUUUUUGAUCUGUUAUAUGAUUACUUGUUAUUUGUUGUUAUACAAAUAAGUAAAAUAAACAAAAAAUACCUAACAUCAAAGUUUGCUUUUUUAUUUACUUCUUUCUCACAACGGUUCUGUGACUGUCACGGCAUAUAUGUCUAAUAAAAUCACAAAAGGCAAAUUCAGUUUACUACUGAC